UUUAUAUAUAUAUAUAUCCUCUUAAACCUCCCGUUCUGGAAGAUGGCACCUUUCUCCCCUCUCACUGUCUUUCCCUCCUUUCAUGUCCAUCUGCAGCAUCUACUUUUACUUUUCCUGAGCACUGAAAACAACAGACAUUGUACCUCAACCAUGGCCCUUCCCUCCUAAAUUUCCCCAAUCAUUCAAAAACACAACCACACACCAACCCCACCACAACACAACACAAACCAACUCCUCAAAAAUUAACAUCAAACCACCACAUCUUAACCAUCUCUUUGUCAGACACCACGCACUAAAUCCAAUAUGCAAAUCCUCUACCUCGCCAUCAUUUCCAUCUCUCUCCUUCUCUUUCACAACACAAACACCAUCGUCCUAGUCCGAGCCCUCACCUCACCCUCAGACAUUGCAGCCCUCAGAGCCUUCAAGGCCUCCAUCAAACCAUCAUCCAUCGCACCCUGGUCUUGCCUUGCCUCAUGGAACUUCACCACCGACCCCUGCUCACUCCCUCGCCGCACCAGCUUCAUCUGCGGCCUCACCUGCACCCCUGAUUCUAAAACAAUCAACCAAAUCACUCUCGACCCUGCAGGGUACUCAGGCACACUCACCCCCCUAAUCUCUCGACUCACACAACUCACCACACUUGACCUCUCAGACAACAACUUCUUCGGCUCAAUCCCCUCUUCAAUCUCCUCCCUCUCCAACCUCCAAACCUUAACCCUCCGAUCCAAUUUCUUCUCAGGCCCAAUCCCUUCCUCCAUAACUACCCUCAAAUCACUCCAAUCUCUCGACUUUUCACACAAUUAUCUUUCUGGGUAUCUACAAAACUCCAUGAACUCCCUCGCCAAACUCCGCAGACUCGAUCUCAGCUUCAACAAUCUAACGGGUUCAAUCCCAAAACUCCCACCCAACUUGCUCGAACUUGCGAUCAAGGCCAAUUCUCUAUCUGGGUCUCUCCAAAAACAGAGUUUUGAAGGGAUGAACCAGUUAGAAGUGGUGGAGCUAAGCGAUAACGCCCUCACCGGUACCGUGGAAUCGUGGUUCUUCUCUCUACCGUCCCUGCAGCAGGUAAAUUUGGCCAACAACACCUUCACAGCGGCGCAGAUCUCAGGACCACACCCGGACCGUGGGGGAAUCACCAGCCGCAGUAACCUCGUGGCACUCGACCUUGGGUUUAACAGAAUCCAAGGCUACGCACCCGCGAAUCUCGCUUCGUUUCCCACACUGUCAUUCCUGUCGCUUCGGUACAACGCCUUACGUGGCACGAUCCCUCUGGAGUACGGCCAAAUCAAGUCCAUAAGGAGGCUCUUCCUCGACGGAAACUUCCUCUUCGGAAAGCCACCACCCGGGCUUGUCGCUUCCGGCACGGAGGUUACCGGAAGUCUGGGGGACAAUUGUCUGCAGGAGUGCCCAACCUCGUCGCAGCUGUGCUCGCCCGCGCAGAAACCAAUCUCAGUUUGCAAGCGAGCCUACAGUGGUAGACCAACAUCGAUACCUGUUGUCGGUUAAAAUAAAUUAAAAAUUAAAUAUAAAUAGAUAGGUUUGUACCUGUUUUUUUAAAAAGGUAUAUUGUUGAAAUGCGUUACUACUGAAUAAAAGAUGAUGGUAGAA